GUUGAAUGACAAAACGAAAGUUCUCCACUUCACUGCAGUGAUUAUAUAAGCUAACAUGCUAGCUAGCUUUGUUUAUACAAACAUGACCGUGACAGCCAUAGAUUUGUAUAAUUAAAGAAUGAAUACGGCUGUAAAUCCCAUGGGUAAUGGAGAACUACUUUCAAAAACUUCAUUGGAUAUUGACAGUAAUUUACAAUAGAUGCCUUAAAAUGGAGAAGCCCCAGUGAUGAUGGAGUACCAGAAGAGCCCAGUGAAGGAGGAGAGCUCCAGAGAACGAGGCCUGCUCCACUUAUGGAGAGGCUACAGCAGUAGUGUGACCCCCGAACGAGUGCUUCUGUCCCGGCCAGUCCUCCAGGCUGCCCUCGGCAUCAGCCAUGGUAUCCUCCUGGCCGAAGGUGGGCUGGUGUACAGCUUCGGGGACCUGACGUGGCGGCAGGGCCUGAGGGUUCCUCCUACUUACCCUCUCCUUGAGUCUGUCCUCUCUGGUCAAUGUGUUGUGUCUGUAGCUGCAGGCUCCUUCCACUGUGGCGCCGUCACACGGGAAGGGGCUGUGUACAUGUGGGGAGAGAACUCCUCGGGGCAGUGUGGUCUGUCAGAGAGAGGCCUGGUCCCAGAUGCUAGCCUCGUCAGUAUGGUGGACUCUGAGGCUGUCCCUCCACAGAUCAUCAGGAUCCUGGAGGUAACCUGUGGGGAGCAGCACACUCUGGCUCUGUCUACCCAGCAUGAGGUGUGGGCCUGGGGCAGCGGCUGCCAGCUGGGUCUGGUCACCAGUGUGUUCCCUGUGUGGAGACCCCAGAAAGUGGAGCACCUGGCUGGGAGGCACGUAGUUCAGGUGGCGUGUGGAGGAUACCACAGCCUGGCCCUGGUGCGACGCUUCCCUGCACAAGACUCUCAGUUCCCUCGGCCGACAGCUACUGAUAAGUGUUCCCAGUGCAACCAGCUGCUCUUCUCUAUGGUGGAUCAAGAGGACCAUGUCAUCAUCAGCCACAGCCACUAUUGCCCCCUAGGGAUUGAGUUGGCUGAUAGCAAACCAGGGAGCUGCUCGAGAUCCAGACAGGCCUCCCCAGCCAGACAGGCCUCCCAAUCUAGACAGGCCUCCCCAGCCAGACAGGCCUCUCUAGCCCAGAGACACCGAGCCUCUGCCUGCCCGCUCUCUCAGACAGUCAGCCUUGAUCUGGGCCUUGACCCAGACCUAGCCCAAGACCCAGACCCCAUUAUAGGCCCAGAAUACCUAUUUCCUGGUGACACUGACAGUUCUCUCAGAGAGUCUGGCUCCAAAGAACAAACUAACCAAGAGGAUACUGGUACCUCUGACCUUCAAAGACAAGGCCCUGGGACUUUGACAGAGACGGACAGUAACUCGGCUCAAACACAGGCGAGGAGGAAAACCUCAUCUUCAACCGACAAGAAGGAACUGAAGGAAUACCUCAAGAGAACGUCUGAUCACAUCCUGUCUGAACAGAAUGACAAUAACAACACAGGGAAUCCAAUCACCUUAGCCAAUCAGACAACAGGGGAUUCACUCUCCUUAGCCAAUCAAACAGCAGAGGAUUCACUCACCUUAGCCAAUGAAACAGCAGAGGAUUCACUCACCUUAGCCAGUCAUAGCUCAGGAGAUCUACUCACCCUGGUAAGUCAUGUCCCAGGACAGUGCCUAAACGGCGACCUACCUGAUCAAGACCAACCUUCUACCUUAACACCAUAUCUUCUACCACAAUCUACAGACGACACCACCAUGGCAUCCAGCCUAUCAUGUUCACUACUAGAGAACUACACGGGUGCCUUAGUUAUGGAACAUACCUUAGCCUUAACGGGCCGUGCUGCCUCAGCCUCACCCUUCGAGGUAAACACCCCUUUAGGCAUCGGCUCCACCAGCAGACUCUGUGACUCAUCUAAGAGUGAAGGGUGUAUCCCAGUCGCAGGGCUGUGCGAGGCUCUGUCUGGGCCUGUCAUGGCAUACAGGAAGACCAACCAGGAAGUGCGUCUCUGUAUGGAGGAGGACUCCUUGCAAGGGAAGAAAUGCUCCAGUCUGACUGAUAUCCUGCUGGAGGAGGUCAUCGAGGGGAGUAGACGGCACUCACUACCUCCUCUCCUCUCUCAUGCAUCCCCUGAGCUCCCCGGCAGGAGGAGCGCCCGCUCCAGGCCCAAUGUGCCCAGGAAGGAGGAGGUAGUGGAGUCUCUGCCCUCCCUGAACACAGAGGUGUGGAGCUGGGGCCGGGGGCAGGAGGGACAGCUGGGCCACGGAGACCAGCUACCCAGGCUCCAGCCGCUGUGUAUCAAGAGCCUGAAUGGAGAGGAGGUAGUGAAGGUAGCGGCAGGAACACACCACUCUCUGGCCCUUUCUGCACAGUGUCAGGUGUUUUCGUGGGGCAGCAACAGAUCCGGCCAGUUGGGACACAUGAACAGCCCCACUACCAUGCCUCAACAGGCCAAGAUGUCAAAGGGUCUGCGUGUGUGGGACCUGGCAGCUGGGCAGAGCCACAGUGUUUUCCUGGCUGAUGGUGACUGCUGCCAGCCCAUCCUCUGUUACAGUGGUCAACAGGUGAUGGAGACCACACCUGAGAACCACAUACCUGGGACCGGGUCAACUGAGAGCUCUCCGUCUAGAACUGACACGUACACCCUCAGACCUGUCCUACUGCCCUUCUGUGUGAAUAUGGGCUACAUCAGCAGUGUGUAUGGCGGAGGACAGUCCUGUCUAGCCCAGGCUGACCUCAACGUGAUGGGGUUCAUCUCUGCUCUUCACGAGCUGGCUGCAGCAGACAGGAAGUAUUACUGCAGGCUCAGAGACGUCAACAAGCGGGUGGUCAGCCCUCUACUGAAGAAAGAGUCUGUGUGCACGGUGUUGGGCCAGACGUCCAGCCUGCUGUUCCAGUCCCUGGCUAGUAGCUACAGCAGGCUCUGUCACCUGACAGGACAACACUCCGUUUCCCUUACAGCCUUCCUCCAUACUGACCGGGACGUCAAGGGACUGGUCAUCCUGAAACACGCUAACACCUUCCUGGACAUGUAUAAAGAGUACUGUGGCUCAGUGGGUAAUUUCCUGGUUAUGGGGGGAUUCCAAGCCCUCAUGAAGCCCUCUGUGGAGUGUUUUGGUAAGAAGUUUGAGGUUUUGCGACAGCUGUCAGAGUCCAGUGAAGACAAGGUUCCUCUGUUGGACCUGUUGGUGUUGCUGUUCUACUCUCCUAUGCAACACAUCCACGAGUACGCCAGGCUGCUGCUCAAACUGGCCACCUGUUUCGAUGUGAGUACAGUGGAAUACCAGAGGCUGCAGGAGGGCUGCUCCAAGUAUGAGGCGCUGUCUCUCAGCCUGGGGAGGAAGAGGAAGGAGGCAGAGACAACAAACCAAUUCUGGAGGACAUAUUCUGGGAAAACUACUGAUGUCCUCCGUAAUCCCCAGCGCAGGCUGGUGUAUGAGAGUAGCAACAAGAGCCUGACCCUCCAGAACGCCGGGAGGUUCUCUGUUAACUGGUUCAUCCUGUUCAACGACGCUCUGAUUCAUGCACAGGGUACCAUCCCCUCUAAGAGCUUUUUCUCAUCUCAUCAUGUCUACUCCCUGGCUACUCUCUGGGUGGAACCCAUCACUGCCAGCAGGAACCUGUAUGGAAUUAAGGUGACAACUCCAGAGGAGAGCUUCACUCUGAUAGCAUCCUCAGCUCAGGAGAAGGCUAAGUGGCUGAGGGCUAUUAACCAGGCCGUGGAGGCGGUGUUGACCGGAGAGGGGAGCGGUCCUGGGGUCCCCGCUGUCUCUCGUACCGCCUCCUACAUCUUCUACAAAGACCUACGUCUGAAGGAUGCCUCCUACUCAGGCCGCUGGCUGUCUGGCAAACCCCACGGCAAAGGGAUCAUGAAAUGGCCAGAUGGCAGAAAGUUCACAGGGACCUUUAAACAAGGACUGGAGGACGGCUAUGGAGACGGUAUAAUGCCAAACAAGAUCCUCAACAAGAGUGAUCGUUACCAGGGCCACUGGAGAGAUGGGAAGAUGCAUGGCUUUGGGACAUACAGGUAUGCUACAGGCCAGGUGUAUGAGGGAUCCUUCCAUGAGAACAUCCGUCAGGGCCAUGGGAUGCUGAGCUCUGGGAAGCUGAUUGGCUCUUCUUCCAGUGUGUUCGUUGGCCAGUGGCUUCAAGACAAGAAGAUGGGAUAUGGAGUGUUUGAUGACAUCACUAGAGGAGAGAAGUACAUGGGCCUGUGGUCUGAUGACCAGCGACAAGGCAGUGGUGUGGUAGUCACUCAGUUUGGUCUUUACUAUGAAGGGACCUUCAGUGACAACAAGAUGAUGGGUACUGGUCUGCUAGUGUCUGAUGAUGACACAGCUUUUGAGGGAGAGUUCUCAGAAGACUGGACCCCUAAUGGCAAGGGUUACCUGUCCAUGUCCAAUGGAGACUCCAUAGAGGGUCUGUUUAGUGGAGAGUGGACCUCAGGGCUGAAGAUCACGGGAACCUACAUGAAGCCUAACCUCUAUGAACCUGACAAGAAGCAAUCAACCAGGGGGCUUGAGUUGGGCCGUCUAGCCGUAUCCCCAGAGCAGAAGUGGAAGGCAGUGUUCUCAGAGUGUUGGAGCAGGCUGGGCUGUGAGGCCCCGGGACAGCCUGAGGAGAGAAUGAGGGCCUGGGAAAACAUCGCUGUUACACUCACCACAGGACGCAGAGACAGUCCAGAGCUGCUGAGCAGGUCUCAGAGUCGAGUCCUGGAGAAACUGGAGGUGAUUCCUCAACACACAGGUCCAGUUACUACUGGGGGGUAUGACGUCAUCCAACGAUACCUCACCAAGGCCUGCGAAACCCCCCUCCACCCGUUGGGGGGGUUACUGGAGACCCUCGUGACUGUGUACAGGAUUACCUAUAUAGGGGUAGGAUCUAACAGAAGGUUGCUACAACAGGCUGUGGAAGAGAUCAGGUCCUACCUCAUACGGAUCUUCCAGCUGGUCAGGUUUCUGUUCCCUGACCUCCCUGACGAGGGAGGUGUUAUUCACCCUGACCCCAAAGGAUCCUCAGAAACAGACCAGCAAGGCUUGGUGGUGAGUAGCUCCACUCUCCUACUACCAGUCCUGCUGCCCAGGCUGUACCCUCCUCUGUUCACCCUGUAUGCCCUGGACAAGGAGAGAGAGGAGGAGGUGUACUGGGACUGUGUCCUGAGGCUCAACAAACAGCCUGACCUGGGCCUGUUGGCCUUCCUUGGGGUCCUACAGAAGUUCUGGCCGGUCUCCGUCUCCGUGUUGGGAGAGAAGCAGCAGGUCCUUCCCAGCACCAAAAAUGCUUGCUUUGCUUCUGCAGUGAAGACUUUACAACAGAUCAGCACCACCUUCACCCCGUCAGACAAGCUGCAGGUGAUCCAGCGUACCUUUGAGGAGCUGAACCAGGAAGUACAAGCUCUGCUAGAGGGGAACUUCCUGUUGUCCAUGGAUGACCUCUUACCUCUGUUUCUCUACGUGGUGCUUAGAGCACGGAUGAGGAACCUGGCUGCUGAGGUGAGUUUGAUAGAAGAUCUAAUGGACCCCUAUCUGCAGCACGGAGAGCUGGGACUCAUGUUCACCACACUCAAGGCUUGCUGUUUUCAGAUCCAACAGGAGAAGACGACAUAGGGAAGAGGAGGUGCCUUCUACAAUGGAAGUCGGCGGAGGGUCCCAUUUCUCAUUCCGUCGACUCCAGACAACCAGAGAUGGAUUAUCCCCUGGCUAAAAACAUGUUGUUGUUUUUUUACCAUUAUUUAUACAGGGAAGUCCCAUUGAGGCCGACGUCUCUUUUGCAAGGGAACCCUGCUUCACCAAAAGGGAACCCUGCUUCACCAAAAGGGAACCCUGCUUCACCAAAAGGGAACCCUGCUUCACCAAAAGUAACAAACCAAUACAAAGUGCACGAAGGGAAUUUGUGAAACAAUUAUAACAAAGGCCAGCGCAUGAGAAAUACAAUUAGAAACAUGUAUACUAAAUGUUUAAGAGAUACAGUGAAAAGAGAGGUCUAGAUUUCAGGUACUGCUGCCUUAUGACAAAGGGAACUUUUAUGCAACCACCCUGAGAAGAUUGAAGAAUCUUUUUUUGUUUUAUCCUGACUAUCUUUAAUCCUGACUGACUAUCUUUAGUCCUGACUGACUAUCUUUAGUCCUGACUGACUAUCUUUAGUCCUGACUGACUAUCUUUAGUCCUGACUGACUAUCUUUAGUCCUGACUGACUAUCUUUAGUCCUGACUGACUAUCUUUAAUCCUGACUGACUAUCGUUAAUCCUGACUGUUUAAUCCUGACUGACUAUCUUUAAUCCUAACUGACAAUCUUUAAUCCUAAUUGACUAUCUUUAAUCCUGAAUGACUAUCUUUAAUCCUGACUGACUAUCUUUAAUCCUAACUGACAAUCUUUAAUCCUAAUUGACUAUCUUUAAUCCUGAAUGACUAUCUUUAAUCCUGAAUGACUAUCUUUAGUCCUGACUGACUAUCUUUAAUCCUAACUGACUAUCUUUAAUCCUGACUGACUAUCUUUAAUCACGACUAUCUUUAAUCAUGACUGACUAGCUUUAAUCAUGACUAUCUUUAAUCCUGACUGACUAUCUUUAAUCCUGACUGACUAUCUUUAAUCAUGACUAUCUUUAAUCCUGACUGACUAUCUUUAAUCCUGACUGACUAUCUUUAAUCAUGACUAUCUUUAAUCCUGACUGACUAUCUUUAAUCCUGACUGACUAGCUUUAAUCCUGACUGACUAGCUUUAAUCCUGACUGACUAGCUUUAAUCCUGACUGACUAGCUUUAAUCCUGACUGACUAGCUUUAAUCCUGACUGACUAGCUUUAAUCCUGACUGACUAGCUUUAAUCCUGACUGACUAGCUUUAAUCCUGACUGACUAGCUUUAAUCCUGACUGACUAGCUUUAAUCCUGACUGACUAGCUUUAAUCCUGACUGACUAGCUUUAAUCCUGACUGACUAGCUUUAAUCCUGACUGACUAUCUUUAAUCCUGACUGACUAGCUUUAAUCCUGACUGACUAGCUUUAAUCCUGACUGACUAGCUUUAAUCCUGACUGACUAGCUUUAAUCCUGACUGACUAGCUUUAAUCCUGACUGACUAUGUUUAAUCCUGACUAUCUUUAAUCCUGACUGAUUAUCUUUAAUCCUGACUAUGUUUAAUCCUGACUGACUAUCUUUAAUCCUGACUGACUAUCUUUAAUCCUGACUGACUAUCUUUAAUCCUGAUUAUCAUUAAUCCUGACUGUCUUUUAUCCUGCACUUUUUGGGGAAUAUUCAGAGGUGGAAACUUCAUGUGGGAAUUAACGGGAAAAUAUGGGAAUUAAUGGAAAUAUAUGCACAUUUAUAUGAAUACCAUUUCAAUGUAGAUUAUUUUUGCGUUGGAUAUAUUUACCAUAUAUGGAGACAGAAACAGAAACCUUUUACCUUAUCAUAAGUAGACAUUUUUGCAAAUGAUUAAAUUCUUCCAAUAGAAA